AUUGCAUUCUCCCUUCUGCCUUCUCCUCGGACGAGACCAUGGCAUGGAUUUGGACUUCACCGGCCGAAUUGGUACAGUACGAUCUUUCGGAAGUGUGCAGCAGAUGUGAGAAUCCUCUGUCACAAGCAACGAAACUCAAAGUCUUGCCUUGGAACCAUGUGGUCCAUGAAAACUGCAUCCCAAGCCACAUAAAACCACUGGGAGACAUGAUCGACCUCUCGGAAAACUGCUACCUUUGCAAGAAGGAGCUGUCGGAAUCAACGAUGGUGAAAGAGAUGGCUUGCUGCUGUCGUCUCUCUUCCAUGCUGAUUGCAUCCGUGAGUGGCUUGACUUGAGCUUCCUGUGUCCUUGGCCUUACUGCUGCGGAUCAUGCAUAAUGCAGAACCCAAAAGCAUCAUCCGGCAUUGUAAUGCCUUACAAAUUGUUUGACUAAUGCUUAGUCAUAGUCAUGUGGGCAUUUUCAUUGUAUUUAGAAGCUGUUGCCAUACUUCCCCUGCUUGUACUCUUACAAACGACUAGAAACAUAGGCAACUUGACAGGGCAAUACGUAUUUCUUCUUAGUACAUACUGAGCAUUAUACAUAGUUAACUGGACUUAUUGCUACUUCACCGAGACACACUCCGUCCACUGGAUACCUUGAAUUUCUGGGCUCAUUCAGACAUCGCUCUAUGCUGAUUUCUUCUACUACCAUUUUAACAGGUAAAAUUCCUAAAAUUUUGAAAUACAAAUCACAAAAAGCC